CUUACCUUACAGAUAGACGAGUAGGUGUGUGCGGACACAGGUACUAGGCCCACUGUUAGUUUUAUAUUCAUCUCAACUAACAGGAUUCACUGAUUUGAGAGGGAGAGGUCGGCCAACUGCGCUGUGACAACGAACAAGGGUUGACAGGAGGAUGGCCAACUUCAAGGGACAUGCCCUUCCUGGCAGCUGCUUUCUGCUGUUAGGCCUGUGUUGGUCAGUGAUGUACCCUCUCCAACACUGCUGGAGGAGGCGUCAGCCUAAAGGAAGUCAAAAACUGCCCCUGUUCUUUAACAGAAUAGACUUAAUUGAGGGGGCACUCAUGAUUUUCUUUGCCUUUGUGGGCAUCAUGGCAGAGCAGUUUGUUCCCGAUGGGCCCCAUACCCACCUGUACAACAGAGAGACCCAGUCCUGGGUGAAGCUGAUGAACUGGCAGCAUGGCACUAUGUACCUCUUCUUCGGCAUCUCUGGAGUUGUUAAAGUCCUCAGUGUGUCAUCGCUUCCAGUCCCACUUGGUCUUGACCGCCUUGCUCUCUCACUGGCUUUUUUUAUUGAAGGGUUCCUGUUUUACUUCCAUGUGCACAUGCGCCCUCCUCUGGAUACCCAUAUCCACUCCAUGCUGUUUGUGGCAGUGUUUGGUGUAGCGGCCAGCACCCUGUUAGAGGUGUUCAUGAGAGAUAACAUCGUACUGGAGCUGCUCAGGGCCAGCCUGACCAUCCUGCAAGGCUCCUGGUUCUUUCAGAUUGGAUUCGUGCUGUACCCAUUAAACGGAGUACAGUGGGAUCUGCAGGCACACGAUAACAUCAUGUUCGUCACCAUGUGCUUCUGCUGGCAUCUAGCUGUGGCCCUGCUGAUCGUUGGCAUCAACUACUGCAUUGGCUGGUGCUGUGUACAAAGAUGUUCAGGAAGAGGAAGUGACAUAGAGAUCAGGAUGAGAAAGACAUCCAGCUCCCAGAAGGCUCUGCUACAGGAGUCAGAUGAAGAUUAGACAGACGAAUCAUGAUGUGUGUACAGUAGUAGAUCACUUAUGGGAUUCUCCACAAUUGUUUGUCUGAAAUGUGAUUAACUGGUUUCUCAGGUUUGUAUCCCUGCUACUGUGUAUAUUUGUAUUUUGAGUGACAUUAUCUUAUCAAUUAAAUAAUGACAUGCAUUGUCGAGUUCAGAUUCAAGCCAAAUUAAUUGUAAAUAAAAUGAUUUACUGAG